AUCGAUGCCGAGCGUAAGCGGGUAUUUGAGGCGCGGGCUGGCGCCGUUGUUGGUGCAUGACAUCGCUGUGGGCUGCCGCAUCGGGCUGUACGAGAGGGCCCGCACCUGCAACUACGUGAGAGCAUGGAAGGAGCCUUGUGGGGGGAUGAGCACGGAGAUCUAUGGCGAGAUGGCAAAGGUGCGACCACACACACACACACACACACACACACACACACCCCCAUCCAUCCAUCCAUCCAUUCUUCUCUCUCUUAUGCGUGUGCAGGGCCACAUAGAGUGGGAAGCGGCGCCUCAGUGGACGUCGCCGGCUUCAUGGACGGACGAUAACCCCCUCAAGCCUAGGAGACUCGUCUGGAACUUCACCAUGAGCGGGGUGACCCCAAUGCACAUUGCAGGCCCUCUCCUUCUCUGCAAAAAGUUCUUAUCUGUCUGUUGCGUGUGUUCUGUGUGCAGUUGAACGAAUGUUUGAAGGAUCCAAAACCGUACACCCUGCCCAGGCUGCCAAACAUACUCGCAGAGAUACCGCCGGGUGAGCCGGGCGACACAUCUACAAGCAGUAUGGUCAUUCCUCUCUCCCUGUCUGACGCAGGUGGCUUCCUGGCCAAGGCGGACUUCCAGAAAGCCUACAAGCAGUUGCCGGUGCACCCCGACGAUCGGCCCUUCCUGUCCUUCCACAUGUCGUCCACUUCCGACUUCCUCUCGUGGCGCGUCCUGCCAUUCGGUCUCAAGACAGGCCCCUCCCUCCUGCUGCGCCACACGGCGGCCAUGCAGGCCUUCAUGCCAUUCGCCACCUACUGCUAUGUCGACGACUGGCUCAUUGGGGGAGAAAAGGCUGCAGAGGGACGGGAGGCGGUGUUUGACGAGCGGCGGGUGGCGGAGAACUUCGGCGAGUUCCGGGAGCUGACGGAGGACCUUGGGUGGCCGGUGCACAAGGUCGUCGAGCCGACACAAGAGCUGGUGGGUGGAGAGAGGGAGAGCGGGAGAGACAGGCGGGGCUUCAUUGUUCGGAUGUUUGUGUGUGUGGUCACACAGACGUAUUUGGGUUUUGAUAUCAACACGCGUCUGCGGACCAUCCGCAUUCCCGACGACAAGUGGCACCGCCUCAAGUGGCGCAUCAUCGACGCGCUCCGGUACGGCACACGGACGCAGAGCGGCCGCGGCAAGUGCGACGUGCGCUACAUCGACGAGCUCCUCAGCGUGCUCCCCUACUUCGCGCCCUUCUUCCCCCCAUCACUGGUCCCUGAGCUCUUCGUGGGGUGCAGCAGCGUCAUGCGCACCGAGACGGAGAGACAGAUGGGGGGCGUGCCGGUGUACCACGUGUAUGGCAGCCGCGAGCAGCGGGGUAGCAGGGAGAUGUGUGAGCUGAGGGGUGCGUUGGAGGUGGCGUACAGAGAUGUGCGGCAGCAGAUUGGGUGGGAUGAGUACAUUAGGGGGGCGGGGAGGAGGGUGGACAGGGACAGGGAGUGGGGGUACCAGACGUGACAGACGUGACCGAGUGACAUGCAUCACUUAUCAUUCAAUCAUGUCAAUGAAUGCAGAAAGUGUCAUCCAUCCAUCCAUCCACUCUUCUCACACGUAAGUAUGGAUCAAGUAUGUUCGGGGGCUGUCAGCAGCUGGCACGGCACAAGGGUAUGCGCUAUUCGCGUCAGUCAGUCAGUCUCAGUCACUCUCUUCGCUGGACAGGCAGGCGGGCUCUCUGUUUGUGCAGUUGCAUGGUCUGAUUAUCGCGUCCUUACCGCCGCCGCCGCCGGCC